UUGUUAUGGGAUUGUGAAUCAGGUCUUACACUCGGAAUCACUCGUCAAGUAUCUGAAGCUCAGUAUGUAUCGGAGCUUCAAUGGUCCCGUAAAAUCGUUUUAGGCUUUGCAGAACCAAAUACAAUUUAUAGUAUCGAUUUUUGGCCGUAUGAAGCUGAAGAUCAAGCGAAAAACUCACGAAUACUUUGGAAGAUAGAUGUUCCUGGUACAUAUACAAGGAUGGCUGUUAAUAGUUCAGAUAUAUUCACUGCAAUUCUAUAUUCUAAUGGUCCAUCCUUUACAAUUAUCACGUCAAAGAAUGCCAAGCAGGCUCCAACAUCUCAAUCUCAAUCCCAUACUUUAGAUAAAUCAGAAAAAAUCGUAGAAAUUCAACAUCAUCCCCAUAUUAGUAAUAUUUUAUUAAUUAUGCUUGAAGGAAAAAUACUUACGUUUAACAUAGCGACCAAAUCUGGCCGAAAUCUUGUAAUCGAUGAAUCAUCCCAAUCAUCUUUCCAUAAACUGCUUCCUUCUUUAACAAAUGACAACGAAAUUACAGUUUAUGGUCAAGACUCGUCACUCAGUAUCUAUAUCUGUAACGAAGACUACAUUUUACAAAAUCAGAACAAUAAAAUGAAAAGAGAGCUGUUCUUAAAAAUCGAAGUAUUUACACUAUCCGCUGCAUGUAACCGUGCACUUCCCGAGCGAUACAUCCGGCUUCUCUCCAUCAAAUGGCUUAGUUAUGUUUGCCAUAAAAGAUAUAUACCUUACGUCAUCGCGCAGUCUCAAAUUAUACCACAGAUACCAACCUGUUACGAUUUCUACGAAAUCCUUGCUUCGGCACUCCAACCGGAAAGAUAA